CUCUGAUUAGCAUAGGGAAAUAUUUCAUUUAAUGUCAAGACUUGUCUAUUAGGACACAUCCCUGUUGCAAACGAGAUAUUGCCAGAGGGCACGUCCUAAAUUCGCAUGGAAACAUGUCGAACGUGUGUCAGGACCGAAGCAGCAGAUGGCAGAGCAUUCAGGAGGGACUACAAUUUAUCCAGUCCACUUUGCCUUUUCCCGGCUCUCAAGAACAGUAUGAGGUUUUCAUUCAGGACCUGGUGAGAAAUCUGUUUGGAGAAGGAAAUGACGUGUUUAGCGAGGGCGAAUGGAUGAGAUCCGUCGAAUUAUACACAGAGGCCUUAAACAUAGCGGAAUAUGGCGAAUCGGAAGACAUCAGCAUAUCCGCCGAAUUGAGAGAGAAGCUUCACGCCAAUCGUGCUGCGUCGUACUUAAAUAUCGGCCUGCAUGACCAAGCUUUGGAAGACUGCGACGCAGCUCUCACCCUGAAUGAAGGCAACCACAGAGCACUUUAUCGGAAAGCCAGGUCUCUGAAAGAGCUGGGAAGACAUAAAGAGGCCUAUGAAGCAGUGGCCAAGUGUUCCAUGGCAGUGCCUCAGGAUGCUAGUGUGAUGCAGUUGACUCACGAGCUUGCCAAAAUGCUUGGACUUAAAAUCCGUAAAGCCUACGUCCGGAGCAAGCCUGCCUUAAAUGUUUUACCUGGCUCUAAUUUGUCAGGGGCCUCUAAUGAUAAGUAUUCACCUGGAUCGGCCUCCAUGGAGGACAUUGAAACGGAACUGCACCAUUUUGACCAAGGAGCGAGUACGCCCCUGUCAACAGCCACGCCUGCGUGCCCGCCUGUGGCCGAGCCAGUGGAAAAAGAGCCCGCCCCUCUCAGCAUCAUCCCCCCCAUCGCUCCCGUCGAAACCCGGCAACCCGAACCCUCCCCCAUGCCUGUGGUCCACACCCCACUGGUGAACGGAGUCAGAACCAACGAGUCCUUUCCAGUGACAGAGCCCCGUUUAGAUUAUGACACAGAUAUUAUUGGGGACGAACUGGAUGAACUCUUGGACAGAGCCAGCCCUGCUCAGCCCUCUAUGAACAUUCCAACAGUGGAGGGACCAAUCACCUUGCCGACCAGAAUGCCCACGAGUGACUCUAUGCCUAAUCCCCUCCUCAUGUCUGCUCACAUCACUCAUCCAUUCAUGAACCUGGCUCCUCAGUGCACGGUCAAUUUACCCGCGCCUUAUCAUAAACCCGGUUCCUCGGGCUACCCUCUCGGGCUGGACUCCUUCGUCUCUCCCCUGGAUUCACUGGAUAGUUUGUCACUUUCAGACUCCCAGUCAGGUUCUCAUUCACCUGGAAAUUAUGAUCAGCUUAGUUUUCUGCCGCUGUCCAACAGUGAAAAACCCAUAAUGCCACCUAUUGGGAUGGCCUUUGGAAUGCCCGAGGGGCACUUUACGCAGGAGGUGGAUCUGAACACGAACCCACUGGCAGAGACUCACGAAUUCAAACAGGCGUGUUCAGCUUGCUUUGUAAAAACCGGGUCUGGAGUUUUGGACUACACUCACUAUGCCGAAGAGCACAAAUGCAAAAAAGAUUUGUUACUUGGAAGAAUCAAGCUUUCGCCGAAUCCUAGGUGGAAACUUAUUAGGCCGAGGCCCACCAAAAACCAAUACGCUGGACCGUACUACAUUUGCAAAGACGUAUCCAUGGGAGAGGAAUGCAGAUAUCCCGGUCAUUGUACCUUUGCUUAUUGCCAAGAGGAGAUUGACGUUUGGACCUUGGAGCGUAAAGGGUUCCUGUGCAGAGAGCAGCUUUGUGAUCCGUUUGGCACGAACAAAAACAAUUUGACAGUUUCCAGGAUCUUACAGGAGCACCACGGCAUAUUUAUGUUCCUCUGUGAGGUGUGUUUUGAUCACAAACCCCGAAUAAUCAGCAAAACCAAUAAGGACAACCCCAGUCUCUGUUCUCACCCUGUGACAAAGCAUGCGUUUGAGGAGAAGAAAUGCCUGGUCCAUAUCCUGAAGGACAAUCAAGUGAGGUACUCGAAAAUCCGCCCCUACACUCCCCUCUGCCAGCUGGACCUGUGUCGUCAUGAGGUGCGUUACGGCUGUCAGCGGGAGGACGGCUGCUUCUAUGCCCAUAGUCCCAUUGAACUCAAGGUGUGGCUGAUGCAACGCGAUCGAGGAAUCUCUCCUGAAAGUAUUGUUCAGGAAGCACGGAAGUAUUGGAAUAUGGAAGCCAAUUCCCAAGCGCUGCAGGAGCUGCCAGGUGCCCUGAAGAAAUUUGGCCCUCCUAAUCUGAAAAUGCAGUUUGUCUGUGCGGUGUGCUGGAGAAACGGCCAAGUCGUGGAGCCUGACAAAAACAAGAAGUAUUGCAGUGCCAAAGCCAGGCAUCCUUGGUCCAAAGACAAGCGAGUGGUUCUUGUGAGCUCUAAUGAACGUAAAAAGUGGACAACAAUUCGUCCUCUGCCGACAAAAAAGCCCAUACCAUCCCAGUUUGAGAUCUGCUUGCAUGUGGCUGCUGGCAAGAAAUGUCAGUACAUUGGGAACUGCACUUUUGCACACAGCCCGGAAGAAAAGGACAUGUGGACAUACAUGAAAGAUAACAACAUCUCAGAUAUGGAGCAGCUGUAUGAGUUGUGGCUUCAGUCUCAGAAGCCGGGUUGGAGCGAGGAGAACUCCAGCACCGUCAUCCGAGAGAACGGGAAGCAGAUCCACAUGCCCACGGACUAUGCCGAGGAAGUGGCCGGUAACCACUGUUGGCUGUGUGGGAAGAAUUGUAACAGUGACAAACAGUGGCAGCAGCACAUCACCUCUGAAAAGCAUAAGGAACGAGUGUUUAACUCUGAGGAUGAUCAGAACUGCUGGCAGUACCGCUUCCCAACUGGCACUUUCAAAGUUUGUGAGAGGUAUCUGAAAGGUACUUGCACGGAGGAAGAACACUGUAAACUGGCACAUGGUGAAGAGGAACUGAAAGAGUGGAAAGAUCGCAGGGAAUUCCUUUUGAUGAAGCUCGCCAAAGCCAGAAAAGAUCACUUGAUAGCACCGAACGAUAACGACUUUGGCAAAUAUAGUUUUCUGCUUAAAGACAUAAAUUAAUGAUUUAAAUGACGUCUUCAACAUGCGAGUCGUUUUGGAAGUACAAUGAGGCUUAAAUUCGGUAUUGAAUCAGGAGAGCUUUGAGAAGCUCAGUGAUUCAGGAGGUGUAUGGAUCUUCUCCCUUCUUUAAGAAAGGGGAGAGCACAGGGCUGGCGAUGAGCUCCCAGUUACCACGGCUUUGUUGCUUUUAUCACAGAUUUAAAUAAGAAAAAAAAAGACCACCCAUUACUUUUCCAAUCUGUUGCAAUCAUUACAGAUCACAUAAUGGGAUUAUGAAAUCUUCAUUAUGGGACUGAAUACCGAGAAAGAGAGGGGGCGGUUACAGAUUAAUGGUUGAAGCUUGAUUCGUCGCAAACUGUUCAGACGAGGAAAGGCGUUACAGAUUGUGAUCUGUCGUUUUGUUCCAUUUCUUUUUUUUUUUUCCUCUUUUUUUUUUAUU